AUGUGGCUCUUCGACUGGGUCUUCAACGUGCUGGCCAACCUCGGCGCGUCCGCCGGCUCGGCGAAGAUCCUGUUCCUCGGGCUGGACAACGCGGGGAAGACGACGCUGCUCCACAUGCUCAAGGAGAACCGCGUGCAGAUCCACCAGCCGACGCUCCAUCCGAACCAGGACGAGCUCAUCAUCGGCAACAUCCGGUUCAAGACCUUCGACCUCGGCGGCCACGAGACGGCGCGGCGCCUCUGGAAGGACUACUUCACGACCGUCGACGGCGUCGUCUACAUGGUCGACGCGCUCGACCGCGGCCGAUUCCCCGAGGCCAAGCGCGAGCUCGACUACCUGCUCACCUGCGACGAGCUCGCCGCCGUGCCCUUCCUCGUGCUCGGCAACAAGAUCGACGCCCACAGCGCGGCGUCCGAGGACGACCUCCGCUACGCGCUCGGCCUCUUCGAGACGUUCGGGAAGGACACGGCGCGCCGCAACAACGACGACGACAACAAAAUCCGGCCCAUCGAGCUCUUCAUGUGCUCCGUCAUCCGCAAAAUGGGCUACGCCGACGGCUUCCGGUGGCUCGCGCAGUUCUUCUAA